GAGAAGCUCCCACCGGAGAACUUCCCGCCGCUCUGGGCGCGCGGAAGCGAAGCAUACCCAGAGCGAGAAGCCGUAAUCCAGCUUUUUGGUCCUCAAGCUGAUGAGCUUCUGCAGCAGGCCGGAUGCGACCCUGGUGCGCGAAGCUUCGCCCAUCCACUGGCUUGGGGCAACCGUCGCCCUUGCGACCUUGCACGUCGAGCUGCGCUGCGCGAAGCAGGAUUUCGCCCGUGUGGAUGCGGUGCUCUUCGUUUGGCGCUCACUCGGCGACCAGUAGCCUCUCAAAAAGACCCGUCAAGAAAGCAG